UUAUGCUUCAAUGAUUUAACACCAGUCUGGCAAUGCAGUUUUAGUGUACACAAGUUUGAGAAUGCGAGGGAGCAAGUGGCUGGCUACAUCUAAUCAAAACAAAGUUAAACCCAAAUUUCGUGGUGAUCGCGUCGAUAUAACAACCGGGACUAAUUUCAAGAUAUAUUCUGGAGAUACCUUGUGAUGUGAACGGAACAAUAUCAUGUUUUCAUUGUGUCUCCGACACGAUUGAUGCUCGCUUCACAUUCGCGAGCGCCCGUACAAGCGGGGAGGGAGUGCGUGGAAUACCAGUCGCAUGAUUCAUAUCUAUUAUCAACAACGGGAGUUACGGAUGAUUGGAUGGGCGUGCUCGGGGGAAGGAGCUGGCUAUGCUAUGGACUCAUGAUAAGAUAGACGUGCAUGUCUGCUGCUGUAGGGUUGCGGCAGUGCUUCUUUGAACGAGUGUUGCAAUCGGCCGGAUUUCAACAUGUCGCUAAUGCGGCGAUCUCAAAAAACUUUUACAGUUCGAGUCCAGACUAUGGAUGCAGAAUUAGAAUUCAGUAUUGAUGUUAAAACUACUGGACGUCAAUUGUUUGACCUUGUUUGUCGGACCAUAGGACUGAGAGAGACCUGGUACUUUGGACUGCAGUACGAGGAUUCUAAACACUAUGUAGCGUGGCUUAAGAUGGACAAGAAGGUCCAUGAACAGAGUAUCCCCAAGGAGGACCCAGUUCCCUUCCUGUUCUUGGCUAAGUUUUAUCCAGAGGAGGUCUUUGAGGAGCUGAUCCAGGAGAUCACCCAGCAUCUCUUCUUCCUACAAGUCAAGCAGCUUAUACUCAACGAAGAGGUAUACUGCCCUCCAGAGGCCUCGGUGCUAUUAGCCUCCUAUGCAGUCCAAGCCAAGUAUGGUGACUAUGAAGCACGUGUCCAUCAGCAUGGUUUCCUUGCCAAUGAGGAGCUGCUCCCUGGAAGGGUUAUCAGUCAGUUUGACAUGUCACCUGGCCAGUGGGAGGAGAGAAUUACAUCAUGGUAUGCAGAGCAUGAAGGACUUCUCAGAGAUGAGGCUGAGAUGGAAUACCUGAAAAUAGCUCAAGAUCUUGAAAUGUACGGUGUCAGCUACUUUGAAAUCAAGAACGAGAAAGGAACAAGCUUAAAUCUGGGAGUGGAUGCUACCGGUCUCAACAUCUACGAGUUAGACAACAAACUAGUACCAAAGAUAUCUUUCCCGUGGAGUGAAAUAAGAGACAUAUCAUUUAGAGACAAAAAGUUCACAAUAAAGCCUACUGCAAAGAAAGCACCCAACUUUUGCUUCAUCUCACCAAAGCUACGAAUGAACAAACUGAUCCUUGACCUGUGUGUGGGUAACCAUGAGUUAUUCAUGCAGAGAAGAAGAGCAGACUCGAUGGAGGUUCAGCAGAUGAAAGCUCAGGCAAGGGAAGAGAAAGCCAAGAGACAUAUUGAGAGAGAGAAGUUGAUGCAAGAGAGACUUCUUAGACAGAAGGCUGAGCAGGAGAAGGAAGAAUUAGAGAAGCAGCUCCGACAUUUCCAGGAUGAGUCCCAGCUGGCACAUGACGCGUUGGUGAGGUCUGAAGAGACAGCUGAGCUUCUGAAUGAGAAGGCCCAGGUAGCAGAAGAAGAAGCCAUGUUAUUAGCACAGAAAGCUGACCAGGCUGAGAGAGAGAUCCAGGCUAUAAGGGUUGAAGCCAUUAAGACAGCAGAAGAGAAACGCUUGAUGGAGAUGAAGGCUCAUGAAGCCGAGUUCAUGGCUUUCCGGCUUGCAGAAGAGUCGCAACAAAGGAGUAUGGAAGCAGAAGAUCUAAAGCAGCAGCUGUUUAAUGCAAGGCUGGCUGAGAAGGAGGCUAAGGAGAAGCUCAUUCAUGUCUCCACAAGAUCUCUUUUACCGCAUUUAGAACGGAGCCCGAGCUCCCUGAGCAACGAACUAGCGGCGCUCCAGAUGGAUCCCGAGCUCAGCUCCGGGGAAAUGGACAUGAUGGAGGAUGUGGACGUGGAGAAGCUCGACAAGGACAUCGAGGAGAACCGGGUGGACUACCUGGAGCGCUCCAAACACCUCAAGAUGCAGCUCAAUGAACUCAAGUCAGAGAUUGAAGUCCUGAAGGUGGAGGAGAACCAGACCCAGCUGGAUCGGAUUUAUAAUGAGGUGAACAGCAGGGGCGAGAACAAGAAGACCACCCUGAACAAGAUCACUCAGGGUUCCACUAGGGCAAGGGUCGCAUUCUUUGAGGAGUUGUGAUGAGAUGGACAGUCAGAGGACAGCUUUAGAUCCAAAAUGUGUGCUUCAAUGCUUGAAGAUUGGCAUUGGAGAUUGGUUGUUGGACGUGCAUUAUGAUCAGAUCUGCUUCGCUCAAGUCUAUCGAAACCCAUUACACACACCCGUUGGCCAUUCAUCCUUGAGGGUUGGAAGAUCCAAAAUGUGUGCUUCGAUGCUUCCCAGGAAAGAUAUACGGUGCUGGAGACAUUGGUUAUGCAUGUGCGAUGAUGACGUGUACAUGUGUAGUUCUCCUGGAAUUAUGAGAGGUGUGAGUUGGUCUACUGAUCGGUUCUACGAUCUACCUAUACAAUGAUCCAGGGGUCUAUACUGAGUCUUGUCUUUGAGAUGAGAUGGUAGCA